CGGAGAGAAAGCAGUGUGGCAGAGGUAUUUCUUGGUAAUAUUCUUCCAAGAUAUAGUUCUCCCAGUGCAGAAAGGCCAGAGACCCAAGGCCGACAAUCUAGUCCCCCAAAGGAAGUGAGUUUGGGUCUCCUCUGGAUGACUGCAGUGUGUAUGCAUUGACUCUGAACCGAGGGUAGUGGGAAGUCUUCUGUUAGAGUUGCCAGACUGUUGAUUUUCACCUCACUAAGGCAGCUAUGCAAGGUUGGAUGACAGAAAUAGAGAGCAUGACCCGACUGAGCAUAGUGAAGGAGAAAAGUCUUAACGGUCGGUCGGUCGGUCGAAGGAUGGAGUAGGAAAGUCGCUGGGACUGAGGAGUCAGGCAGCGAUCAGCCAGUGAAUUUCAGACAGUGUUCUUUGUGCGAAGUGGUACCAGCCAGCUUCCAGUUCACUGUGGAUCCUGGACACUCCGAGGGUCUUGACAGCCUUAGGACCACGCUAGCCACUUUGGGAAGCCAAAUUUAAGAGCUAGGACCAGUUCCAGGUCCAGGAAUGAAUAGAAUGGGGAGACUGCGACAGGGUUUGCCUAAAUGAUCAAGGGACGACAGGGACUCGUGGCUGCUGCACGGCAGACAAGGGAGCACCUGAAGAUGGCUGGGGUGCACAUCAUAAACACCCCACUUGUUAACAGCGCAGGGCCCAAGGGCGCUUCCAAAUAUAUCUUUGCUGGGGGAUGGGGUUUUGCGGGCUCAAGAACCAGAUUCCCCGGACUGCCACUUUGAGGCAGCUCCCACAGUUCUGGCCUUCGGGCCAUAGGUGUCAGACGUACGUCUUCUGGCCCAUCAAUACAGAUUACAUAUUUAUAUCAAUCGCGGGCUCCGAGGGCGCCCUCGGAGAGCGGCCCCGCGCCUACGAAACCAAACUGGGAGUGGUCGCGUGGAAACUCUUGCUCGGGAUUGGCUGCGGGCGCCCGCCGCGGUGCGGGGGGAUUGCUAAUCGUAUUCAGCAUGUUUUGCACAAGAAAUGUCAGCCAGAAAGGGCUAUCUGCUCCCUUCGCCAAAUUAUCCCACAACAAUGUCAUGCUCGGAGAGCCCUGCCGCGAACUCUUUUUUGGUCGACUCGCUCAUCAGCUCGGCCAGAGGCGAGGCGGGUGGCGGUGGCGGUAGCGUUGGUGGCGGCGGAGGCGGCUACUAUGCCCACAGCGGGGUCUACCUGCCGCCCGCCAGCGACCUGCCUUAUGGGCUGCAAAGCUGCGGGCUUUUCCCCGCGCUGGGCAGCAAGCGCAAUGAAGCGCCAUCGCCCGGAGGAGGUGGUGGUGGUGGCAGCGGGGGCCUGGGUCCCGGGACGCAUGGCUACGCGCCCGCGCCCCUAGACCUGUGGCUGGAUGCGCCCCGCUCCUGCCGGAUGGAGCCUCCUGACGGGCCGCAGCCGCCACCGCAGCCACAACCCCAGCAGCAGCAGCAGCCGCCCCCGCCGCAGCCACCCCAGCCCCCGCCACAGGCCACUUCGUGUUCUUUUGCGCAGAACAUCAAAGAAGAGAGCUCCUACUGCCUCUACGAUUCUGCGGACAAAUGCCCCAAAGGCUCGGCCGCCGCCGACCUGGCCCCUUUCCCGCGGGGCCCGCCGCCCGACGGCUGCACCCUGGGCGCCUCCAGCGGAGUGCCAGUGCCGGGCUACUUCCGCCUGUCCCAGGCCUACGGCACGGCCAAGGGCUUCGGCGGCGGCGGUGGCGGCGGCGGCGGUACGCAGCAGCUCGCCAGUCCCUUCCCUGCGCAGCCCCCGGGGCGCGGCUUCGACCCUCCGCCCGCACUGGCCUCGACUUCGGCCGAGGCAGCCGGGAAGGAGCGAGCCCUAGACUCCACGCCGCCACCCACGCUGGUUUGCGCCGGUGGUGGCGGCGGCGGCGGCUCGCAGGGCGACGAGGAGGCGCACGCGUCAUCCUCGGCGGCUGAGGAGCUGUCCCCGGCCCCCUCUGAAAACAGUAAAGCCUCGCCGGAGAAGGACUCCCUGGGCAAUUCCAAAGGCGAAAAUGCAGCCAACUGGCUCACGGCAAAGAGCGGCCGGAAGAAACGCUGUCCCUACACGAAGCACCAGACGCUGGAACUAGAGAAGGAGUUUCUAUUCAACAUGUACCUUACUCGAGAGCGGCGCCUAGAGAUCAGCCGUAGCGUCCACCUCACGGACAGACAAGUGAAAAUCUGGUUUCAGAAUCGCAGGAUGAAACUGAAGAAAAUGAACCGAGAAAACCGAAUCCGGGAGCUCACAGCCAACUUUAAUUUUUCCUGA